AUGGAGGAAGUAUCAGUGAUAAUCGUAGGUGCAGGUCCUUCUGGACUUGCAAUUUCUGCAUGCCUAUCACAAAACUUUAUCUCUCACAUAAUACUGGAGAAAGAGGAUUGCAGUGCCUCUCUUUGGAGGAAAAACGCUUAUGAUAGAUUAAAGCUCCAUCUUGCUAGCGAGUUUUGUGUUUUGCCUCUCAUGCCUCACCCACCCUCAGCCCCAACUUACCUAUCCAAAGAUGAAUUUGUUCAAUACAUCGACUCGUACAUUGCAUGUUUCAACAUAAACCCUCUCUAUUGUCGUAUGGUUGAGUUUGCUGCGUAUGAUGAAGUUGAAAACAAGUGGAGGGUCGAAGCGAAGAAGACUCUUGAGGGCACAAGUGAAACUUAUGUGGCUAAGUUUCUUGUGAUUGCCACGGGUGAAAAUAGUGAAGGGUAUAUUCCUGACGUGCCUGGACUAGAAAGCUUUGAAGGAGAGAUAGUGCACUCCAAAUACUACAAAUCGGGUUCAAAAUAUGAAACCAAAGAAGUUUUGGUAGUUGGGUGUGGUAACUCUGGGAUGGAGAUUGCUUAUGAUCUCAAUGACUGGGGUGCAAACACUUCUAUUCUCAUCCGAAAUCCGGUUCAUGUCUUCACCAAAGAAUUGAUCAAUGAAGGCAUGCGAAUGCUGAAGCAUUUACCCGUUCAUGUUGUGGACAAUAUCAUUACCUCUUUGGCAAACAUGGAAUAUGGUGAUCUAUCUAAGUACGGAAUUUAUCAGCCCAAAAAAGGACCCUUUCAUCUUAAGUUUAUAACUGGAAGGGCUCCAGUUAUCGAUGUUGGAACCAUUGAAAAGAUUAAGGAGGGAGCAAUUAAGGUAAUUCCUUCUCAUAUAGUGAGAAUUGAAAACAAGAAGGUCAUAUUUGAAAACGAUGCUGAAAAGGAGUUUGAUGUAAUCGUGUUUGCUACUGGCUACAGAAGUGUAGCUAAUAAGUGGCUUAAGGAUUACAAAUAUGUUCUAAAUGAUGAGGGGAUGCCGAACAAUGAUUUUCCAAACCAUUGGAAGGGUGAUCGUGGAUUAUAUUGUGCAGGACUAUCAAACAGAGGCUUAUUUGGAGUCAAAAUGGAUGUUGAGGCUAUUGCUGAUGACAUCAACCAAACUCUCAAGUUACAUUAA